AUGGAGAUGUUCAACGAGAUCUGUGGAGCCCCUAUUUUCGAUGUUUACUACGACGACGAAGAACCAAUAUUCGAUGUAUACGGUGAUGCCGAUUCAAUCUCGUAUAUAUACGGUGGCGGAGAAUCCAUCAAUUCUAGUGACAACUUGGCGGUUCAAGGCUUUGAGUAUUUUGCAAAAAAUAUUCAAGUCACCGGUUCAAGGAUCACAAUAGGCAAUCGUUCUUUUGGUUGUGCUAUGGAUGAUUCAAGCUUUUCUCCUUCACGAAGGAACAAUGAAUCAUUCAAAGAAUUCAUUGACGUCUCUCAUGUUGAAGCGUUUAUCACACAGCUUUGGAUCCGUAGUGUUGUCUCCACUUCUGCUCUGACACGUCCAAUCCAAGGCCAUGAACCAGUGACCCCAACACCAAAGAAGCUCGGCCAAGAUGAACCAGUCCCUGAUAAACCUCCGCCGUACAAGAAACGAUGUAUAUGUGGGAGAGCUUCUCGGUGA